AUGUCGAGUCAAUUCAACUCUUCCGAUUUUUCGACCAACGGCGCCACCAAUACGGUCAAGACCGUUGCCAUGGCUUUUCCUCUCUCCGAACCAUUUUUUGUCUUACCUCAAAGCCCUCACGUUACUGAUGAGGAUUUUGAAAAUUUCAUGAAUACUGAGACCCCCCAUUCUGAAAUUACCAAUGCCGAUAUGAUGAGAAACGAUCCCCCUUAUGCCCGGGAUGAUCUGCAGCCUCUCUCUGAUGAGUACAUGACCAGCGACUUUGAUCUCGAGUUCAACUUCUUGAAAUCCUUCUCCGAUACCUCGGAUAUCAUCCAGCCGGAACCCUACAUUCAGCCAACAACCUUUUCGUCUGUUGAUGAGGCUCAUGAAGCCGUCCGCCGCCGGGGAUCUACAGUAGAGGACCCAACAUUUCCAACAACGACCGAGGACAAGUGCAACUUAGUUGCAGUUCUCAAGGUUGCCAUGAAGUCCAUUGCAUAUGCGAAGGACGGAGAAAAGACCAUCAAGCCCUUCGCAGAGGGCCGGUACAAAGACCUGGCGGUCGAAGUCGCUUGCUGGGAGCUGUUGAGUACCAUGAUGACUCGACACAUGAAUGGUGCCUCGUUCACCGAGGCCCACGAAAAGAAGAAAACCGGGUCCUUCAGAGCUCACUUUAAUGAAGUAAUUCAUGGUUUGCAGGUGUCAAAGUCGAUUUGUAAACACUUGCUUGAUACGGUCUACGCGAAGGUGUUCGUUGACGACCCUCUUCACGCUGUGAAGAGAGUCUCGGCCAACAAAAAGGUCAACGAUAACAAGAAAGACCUGCUUGAGAAGGGGAAGGAGGCUGCUGCCGGGGCUGCCAAAGCCCCCAGGGCCCCGGGCACUCCGGAGUCCAAGCGGAUGAAGAAGAUGCCACUCACCCCUCCGUCUACGGAGGGUCAAAAGAGGCGAUCUCGGGGAUGA